CAAGAAUGUUUGCCCAGUGGCGGACCGAGCCGGUCAACAGCAAGCAGCAUGCCACCGAAACACAGACCAGCCGAACGGCGCACGCCGAUUGGCCUCGAGGGAGCAUUACUCGACGUUGGAGACGAGCCGGUCUCCAACUUUCUGGUGCCGAGACUCUGUCCACCCUAGCUCUUCUUCACCGUUUCGGCUUGCGGGAUGCAUGAUCCUGGUGUGCAUCCCGCUGCGACCUUCCAUUCUUCCUGUCCUCCUGAGCGGCAUUAUAUGCGCACUACGGCCAAGCUGUUCAGCUCGACUCUUCUUUCACGCCCACAUGGCUAGGAAUGGACACACCGGCUGCACGGCGGCCUUCCUGGCGCAGACAAAGCUCAUAUCUGGGGUAUCCGGGGCCUUGGUCUUAGCGGAGCACAUACGACGUUCGGUUUCCGAGCAGCCAAUGCUUGACAGAGGACGAUGCAUGGGGUGCAGACCGAUGCGGCGGGCUCUUGCGCGUACAUGCAUGGGGCAUCCUUUUGCUCGUGCCACUAGUGGCAGCAAGACUGUAGGAUGCAUCUUGAGAUGCAUGGAUGUCUCUGCCUCUCUGGCUGCUCUUAAGCAAACUAGCUUUGUGGGGUGUUGGUAACACAAGCACAACGACCAGUCUAUGCCAUUGUGCCCAGAGCAUGCCAGAUACGUAAAGAGCUGCUCUGCGAGCUAGCAGAUUGGCUCA